GCGGCGGUCCGUGUUUGCGGCGGUAAUAUAAAGCGGACGGACCGGGGUUUCACCAGCUGUCUAUAAUGCUCUGUCAAUGUUGUCAUUAAAAUGGUUUUCCAAAACGAAUGUCUUCACGGGAUGCUGUUGUAUAAUAAAAGGGUGCUCCGGCAGUGUCCCUGUUUCCUUUCAGUUAAACCGAAUCAGUCGAGGACUUCACACCGGGCUUUGUGUCCAAGAGGAGACACGGAGAAGAACUGAGAGGAAAGUGUGUGAAUCCGUGCUGCAGCAUUUCAACACUCAGUACACAGAGGAGCUGGGAGAGCUCUGGCUUUCUUCAAGGGAAGUCCUGCUGAAUCCUCAGUGCUGGCAGUACGGCGUCCUGCUGAAUCGCUUCAGUGAUCAUGUGGACAUCGAGGCUGAUUUAAAAUCGUCUGGAUAUUACAGCCUCCUCUCUCCACCGGAUUCUCCUUUCUCUCGAUCACAACACCUUCAGUGUCUCGUCCAUAAAGAAGCAGCGCGUCUGCCCAAGCAGAGACAUCGGGACGGCUGGCUGAAGCAGUACUACCUGCUCAAUGCUGCGUCCCUGCUGCCCGUGCUGGCUCUGGCCGUGAGGGACGGAGAGAAGGUGCUGGAUCUGUGCUCUGCUCCUGGUGGGAAAGCCUUCGCUGUGCUGCAAACGGCAAACCCGGCACUGCUGCAUUGUAAUGAAGUGGAUAAGAGCAGGUACAUGUGGUUGAUGAAGACCCUGCAGUCAUAUGUCCCCCGUGCACUCGGAGACACCCUGUCCGUGACCAACGAAGACGGCAGGGACAUCGGGAACCAGAAGCCGGGGAUGUUCGACAAGGUGCUAGUAGAUGCCCCAUGCUCCAAUGACCGCAGUUGGUUGUUUAGCGCCGGAGCCCAGCAGGGGGAGCUGCGGCUGAGAGAGCGAUCGAAGUUGCCUCAGCUGCAAAAACAGCUUCUCUGUUCGGCCCUGGCAGCAGUGCGUCCCGGAGGACUCGUCGUUUAUUCCACCUGCACCUUUUCCCGUGCUGAAAACCAAGCAGUCAUGGAGGCGCUUCUGUCCUCCUCUCAGGGGGUGGAGCUUGUGGAGUUGGAGGAGGAGCUGAUUGGCUCACUCUCGGCUCAUUUUAAAUUCGCCCGCCUUCAGCCACCUGUGGGUCAUUUGGUUGUGCCAGAACAGGGACGAACAUGGGGGCCCAUGUAUGUGUGUGGGUUGAGGAGACGCUCCUGACAAAAAAAGGGAUUGAUGUGUAAUGUUAGGUGUAAUUUAUUUAUUAAACAUUUUAUAGAAUGUGUGUGUGUGUGUGUGUGUGUGUGUGUGUGUGUGUGUGCAUCAGUGUUUCGAGGAAAAGCUGGUCCAUGUUGUUUCCAAAACAUUCAAUGAAACUAAAUAGAUCAAAAAAUGUAUUACAUGAGUUUUAAUAUUAAAUAAAAAGCUGUAAUUAUCUGGAA